AUGCUAUAUUUUGUCGUACCGUUUAUUUUUAUUCAAUUCGGGUUAUUAUAUUCAUCAUGUAUUCCUUCAGUAGAACAAUGUGGAUGUCCACAUGAAUCACCUAUAUUGUUUACAUCAAAAAUUGUUGGAGGUUAUUCAGCACAAAAACAUUCUUGGCCAUGGAUUGUAAGUAUUCGUUAUGCGGGUGCACAUCAAUCAUUAACCAAUCCUGGUGAUGCUAUUUGUGCUGGAACAUUAAUUCAUGAAAAAUAUGUUUUAACAGCUGCACAUUGUGCUUAUGAUAUGAUGGAUGGUUCAUUGAUUUCAAAUUAUUUUAUUGUAGUCGGUGCUCAUUAUAUUAAUGAUACAAAUCCAAUUCGUUUUAAAAUCAAAUCUGUAAGAUUACAUAAACAAUAUGAUGAUGAUUUAUAUUCCUAUGAUAUUGCACUAUUAGAACUUUCACAUAAAGUUGAUUUAACUAAUUCAAAUGUUAGACUUAUUUGUUUACCAUCAACAAAUAAUUCUUUAUAUCCAUAUGAACAAAUGAAUAGUAUUGUAAUUGGUUGGGGACGUUUAAUUGAAAAUGGUCCUACAUCAUAUGAACUUCAACAAGUUCAAUUACCGAUUAUAUCAAAUAGAAAUGAAUUUUGUAUGAAACAAAUAAGUGAUGAAUUUAUACAAUUCUGUGCAGGAUUUAUUGAAGGUCAGAAGGAUGCAUGUCAAGGUGAUAGUGGAGGACCAUUGAUGAUUUAUGAUACUGAUACGAGUACAUGGCAUAUUGCUGGAGUAACUUCUUACGGACAUGGAUGUGCUAGAGAAGGAAAUCCAGGUGUAUAUACACGAGUUAGUGUACUUAUUGAUUGGAUUAAUACACAUAUAAAUUCAUCAAAUAAACGACUGUCUAUUAAUGUUGUACUAUUUUUAUUAUCAUUUAAUGGUGGAAGACGAAAAAAACCAGGUUAUAAAGUUGCAUCAGCUGGACGACCUUGCAAAAUAUUGAAAGGCAUACCAGUAGGAAAAUUCAACCAAUGUCCUAAGCCACUUAUUUCUUCAAUAGGAUUGCCAUUUAACGGUCGAAAUCCUUGUGGCUAUUUAUUGCGAGUAUUCGAAUUAAUUAGUGCCGAAAAUACAACAACGAGUAAAGCAGUCUGA